AUGAGUUUAAAUAAAGAGAAUAUUGAAAAAUAUUAAACAAUAAAAAAUCAUCCAGCAUUUGAAAAAUUAAAUUACGAAAUUAUUAAAAGCAUAUCUCAAUAGCUUUUUGUACUCGAUUUCAGAAAGAAUUCACUUAUUUUAAGAGAAAACUUUGAUAAAUAAUCAUUCAUGUACAUUGUGAAAAGUGGAGAAUUCAAAGUAUUAUUUUAUUGAUUAUAAGAUGACUAAAAAAAAUUAAUUUGAAUAAAAACAAUCACGAAAGCUAAUUAUUGAGAUUUGUAUACUAAUAAAAGGUGAUACAUUUGGAAUUGAAAAUUUUAAAGAUGAUGUCUAAUAAAAUUAUUGCUACACAGUACUAUUAAUUAUUUUUAUAUAGAGAUUUCUUGUUGUUCUAUUUAAGGUUCUUUAUAUGUUUUGGAUCUUUCUUAGUUACAACUCAUACUCUUUCAUCAUAAUUAUUUUUGUUCCUUAAGUAAACUAUUUAAAUAUCCAAUCUAAAUUAUGAAAAAUCAAAUCUAUCUCUUAAGAGAACAAUAAUUGUUGUAAUAAGAAAAAAAAGAAAUUCUUAAAGAAGAGUCUUUAUUUAUAAAAAAAUAAAAUUUACAAAAAUUUAGAUCUCAGAGUUUUUAAUAGACAUAUGCUGAUAAAGUUGGCUUCAUUAUCUAAGGUUAAAACUCAUAUUUAAAUUCAAAAUUCAAUAAUUACUAAACUAUAGAUUAAGACAAAUAUAUGCAUGAAUCAAUUAUGUAGAAUAUAAGGGCUAUGAAAUCAAAUCUACAAGAAUCAAACAAAGACAUCAGCAAAAGUAUUAAUACUUUAAAUACAACUCAGGACAGAUUAUAAUUUAUUAAGCAUGAUGAUUAUAGAUCAAAAAUGAAAAUCAUGAAUUUAUUAGGUUAUAAAUCAAAGUAGAAGAAAUAAACAACUUAUACUAGAUUUUGGCAUUUUAAAUCUUUACCUGCUAAUGGUUGA